AUGGCCACCACAUUCUUGCAAACCUCUUCCACGUUUGGAGGUGGCUCUGCCAGAGGGGGUUCCCUCCGUGCUGGUGGAGGCAGCUUUGGUGGAGGAAGUCUCUAUGGGGGAGGCGGGAACCGAAGCAUCUCUGCUUCCUCGGCUAGGUUUGUCUCCUCGGGAGCAGGAGGGGGUUAUGGCGGUGGCAUGAGCUGUGGCUUUGGCGGUGGUGUUGGUAGUGCUUUUGGUGGAGGUUUCGGUGGGGGUUUUGGCGGUGGCUUUGGUGACUUUGGUGGUGGCGAUGGAGGUCUUCUCUCUGGCAAUGAGAAGAUCACCAUGCAGAACCUCAAUGACCGCCUGGCCACCUACCUGGACAAGGUGCGCGCCCUGGAGGAGGCCAACACGGAGCUGGAGGUGAAGAUCCGGGAUUGGUACCAGAAGCAGAGCCCAGCCAGUCCAGAGCGGGACUACAGCCAUUACUUUAAGACCAUAGAAGAGAUCCGGGACAAAAUACUGGCUGCUACCAUUGACAACUCACGCGUUAUCCUGGAGAUUGACAAUGCCAGGCUGGCAGCAGAUGACUUCAGGCUCAAGUAUGAGAACGAGCUGGCCCUGCGCCAGUCCGUGGAAGCCGACAUCAACGGCCUGCGCCGGGUGCUGGAUGAGCUGACCCUGGCCAGGACCGACCUGGAGAUGCAGAUUGAGCAAUUGAACGAGGAGCUGGCCUACCUGAAGAAGAACCACGAGGAGGAGAUGAAAGAGUUCAGCAAUCAGCUGGCCGGCCAGGUCAAUGUGGAAAUGGAUGCAGCACCCGGGGUGGACCUGACCCGGAUGCUGGCAGAGAUGAGGGAGCAGUAUGAGGCCAUCGCGGAGAAAAACCGUCGGGAUGCAGAGGCCUGGUUCUUCAGUAAGACUGAAGAGCUGAACAAGGAGGUAGCCUCCAACACAGAAAUGAUCCAGAGCAGCAAGACGGAGAUUACAGACCUGAGGCGCACCUUGCAGGGCCUGGAGAUUGAGCUGCAGUCCCAGCUGAGCAUGAAAGCCGGGCUGGAGAACUCCCUGGCAGAGGUGGAGUGCCGCUAUGCCACACAGCUGCAGCAGAUCCAGGGCCUCGUUGGCAGCCUGGAGACCCAGCUGAGCGAGCUCCGCUGCGAGAUGGAGGCUCAGAACCAGGAGUACAACAUGCUGCUGGACAUCAAGACUCGGCUGGAGCAGGAGAUCGCCACCUACCGCAGCCUGCUCGAGGGCCAGGAUGCUAAGAUGGCUGGUAUUGGCGUCAGGGGAGCCUCCCUGGGAGGUGGUGGAGGCAGCAGUAGCAGCGGCAGCAAUUUCCACAUCAGCGUGGAGGAAUCAGUCGACGGAAAGGUGGUUUCUUCCCGUAAGAGAGAAAUCUAAGUAUCUGGUGCAGGAGAAAAGACCCUGGCUCCCCACUGCCUUCCAGGCUGAGAGAGGUUGGAAAAGCAGACUCCAGUCCAUGCUUCAGGGAGCAGCCGAUGGAGAGGGCCUCUCUGCUUUCUGGUUCCAGGCUUUGCUUGUUCUCCCUUUUACAGCUUUCCCUGCUUCCCUUUAAGCACGGAGGUGCACGAAGCAACUGACCUUUGCGUGGUGUCUGU